AUGAGUCAACGUGCGCUUGAUGGUGAGAACGAGGCGUUCCAGCCUUCGUUGUCAUCGCCAGUGCCGCCCACCGAUCCGUCUUUAAAAGCGCCUUACACCAAACCAGUGUUAACUGCCCCGCCGGCCACAUCUGCAGCACAAUGCGUCUUCGGGGAGGAAGCAGAGUACGUCGCCCAGGCAGAAGACGAGGCAGGAUGGGUGUGGGGCUCCCUGUUUCACUCGUGGGUGAGUGACCUAAUGCGCAAAGCGUCCAGAGAGGAACUCACAUUGGGGGAUUUGCCACGGCCCAUGCGUGCCCACCGCGCCUACAGCGUCGGUAUGCGGCUGUCGGCGGAGCUGCAGCGACAGCAGGAGCGGCGCCACGCGUGGGACGGCUACAUCGGCGCGCGCGUGGGUGUGCGGCGCGACGCUGCGAGCGACGGCGUGCUGCGCUGGGUGGGGGUUGUGCAGCAGUACGGCACGCCGGAUCAGCUGUAUGCAGGAGUGGAGUGGUUGGUGGCGCCUGCGCCGCGCCACGUUGGUGUGCUGGGCCGGUGGCUGCUGUGCCGCGGCGGUGGCGCCCCUCCCCACGGCCCCGGCGCCUUCCACCGCGGCGAGGUGGAGGGUGAGUUUCUCUUUGCGCUGGAGUGCGAUGAGGGCUCUGUGGCGACCUGUGAACGUGUACAAGAUAUUCUCUUUCACCAAAGUAACGAAAGAGACGAAGGAGGAGAGAGUACUCGAUUUGCUGGCGAUACUCCGAUCGGUACUUCAGAACAGCGGCGCAGUAUGGAAGUGAAUGGCGGGCCUUCAAGGCCACCGGUACCCAAACCCUUCUCCACCGGUGCGGCUUUGUUUCGUGCGUUUCGUUGGCAGCUGCUGCUGCUCGGCCCACUGCGAGUUGUGGUGGACGGCGGUGCGCUGCUCACGCCGCUGGCGCUGGGGUGGUACAUCUCUCUCCUACAAGCCCCAUCUGCGGACCCCAGCAGCAACAGCAGUAGUGGUAGUAGUAGCAGCGUAGACGAGGCCGCCUUCGCGUCUGCAGGGAGUGGCUAUUCCUCCUCGUCUUCCAGUGGGAAUCACAAAGCAAGAAUGCACACGAAUGCCCUCACAGCACUCUGCAGCGUACUCGUGCUCUUUCUGCUGACGCUCAUCCGCAGCAUUGCCUUGCAGAAGUACGCACAGCUCGUCACUCGUUACACCUACGCCGCGCGGUCCGCCUUGUCUGCGUGUGUGGCGGCAAAGUGCCUGCGCAUCGCCCCGAAGGAGUUGCAGCGGCCCGAGCUGAAUGUGGGCCGCAUCGUGAACUUCCUCGCCACCGACGUGAGCAGCGUUGAGGGCACAUUCUUUGUGCUCUGGAUGACGGUGACAGUUCCGCUGCAGCUGCUCAUGGCCAUUUACCUGCUUUACCGCAGCAUGGGGUGGGCGUCCGCCAUCAGCCUUGUGAUGUUGGUGGUGGCAUUCCCUGCUCUUUUGAUUCUCACCAAGCUUACCUAUCAGUGCACCGUGGCGAUGAACAAGCGCACGGAUGCACGGCUGCGGUCCGUCAACGAGUUUUUGUCCGGCAUUCGCUCCGUUAAGUUUAUGUCUCUGGAGCGCACCUUUGAGAAGGAGAUCAACUCGAGACGUGCAGCGGAGUUGCGCUCCGUCCGACGGUUCCAGUUUGUGUCCAUCACGAACUUCCUCGUGACGCAGUCGGUGCCGAACUGCACCACCGCUGCGGUCAUGGUCGCCUUCUACUAUACCGGUCAGCCGAUGUCGCCCAGUAUCAUCUACCCGGCGCUCUCGCUCUUGGGAUUGAUGGACACGCCUUUUGACCUCCUUCCACUGCUCAUCGGCGUGUACUCGCAGUUCUUCGUGUCGAUGCGCCGCCUCACGUCCUUCCUGGCCGCCGACGAUGCGGCGGCGCGGGCGGUGCUGGAGGAGAUGGUGGCGGGCCACGAGGCCAGCGACGCCGCGGCUGUGCUCUCGCACGCGACGGUCAGCGCCUACCGGCCUGUGCCGCUGCCCACGCCGAGCUGGCGGCGCGGCGACGGCGAGGCGCACUUCGAGCUGCGCGUCAAGACGCUGCUGGAGGACGUGGACCUGCGCAUCCCGCGCGGCAAGCUGACUGUUGUGCUGGGGCCGACGGGGUGCGGCAAGUCGACGCUGCUGGACUCGCUGAUCGGCGCGCUCGCGGUGACGCGUGGCCGCGUUGCGUGCAGCCGCUGCGUCGCCUACGUGCCGCAGCAGCCGUGGAUCAUGAGCGCGACGCUGCGCGACAACGUUGUGUUCUUCGGCGCUGCGGACGACGCUGCGUUCGAGCGCGCGGUGGCGAGCAGCCAGCUUGCGGCGGACCUUGCGCUGCUCGCUGCUGGCGCUGCGACGGAGAUCGGCGAGAAGGGCAUCAACCUGAGCGGCGGGCAGAAGGCGCGCGUGAGCCUGGCGCGUGCUGUGUACGCGGACCGCGACGUGUACGUGCUGGACGACCCGCUGUCCGCGCUGGACGCGCACGUUGGCGAGCGUGUGAUGCGCGAGUGCGUGUGCGGCGCGCUGGCGCACAAGACGCGCGUGCUUGCGACGCACCAGGUGAGCGCCGCUGCGUACGCGGACUACGUGGUGCUGCUGGAGGAGGGCCGCGUCGCCUUCCAGGGCACGUACGCUGCGUACCGGCAGUACGCUCGCCUGCACUACGAUCGCAGCCUCAGCGGCCUGGACAAGACGUCGCUGUACGCGGCGCGCACGGUGAGCGAGCUGGGGCCACACGAAGAUUUGACGACGCCGGGCCGCGCUGCCGCCCCUCGGGAGGCUGUAGGCUAUGCUUCCCCGACCACCGUGGAGGAGGGUGCUGCGAUGCUGUUUGGUGUCGGCGAAGAGCGUGAAGACUCUCCGGGAGAUGCCAUAACGGAGGGCGAGGCCCGUGUUGCGAUCACGGAGAGCGGCGAGGAGAAGGCGGUGGGUGCUGUGCCGUGGCUCGUCUACCGCCGAUACAUGGAGGCCUGUGGUGGUUGGCCCGCCUUUUCUUUUGUGAUCAUCUUCUUCGUCUUCACAGAGGUGUUGCUCCGAGCUAGUGACGUGUGGCUGUCCUUGUGGUCUGGCGGUAUACUAGAGAGCAUUUGCUCUCACCGUCGACUGAUCGUCUACGUGGGAACGGUUCUGUUCGCCGUUCCUGCUGGCCCCUCCCGCGAUCUGCUGUGCUUUACGGAUAUGCGCCGUGCCUCCUACCGUCUGCACGCGAACCUAUUGCGAUCCCUCGCCGAAGCGAGGCUGACCUUCUUUGAUAUCACACCUCGAGGACGUCUCAUGAAUCGCAUGUCGCGUGACAUGUCGCAGAUUGAUUGGGACCUCCCCGUGAAUCUGGAUGUGUCGUUCUUUUUCUUCUGUUACCUCAUCUCGUAUGUCAUCAUCAUGACGGUGUCGCAGCCCUUCAUUUUGGUCAUCCUCAUACCGUGUGCGCUGAUCUACGGCCGCAUCUUCCGUUUCUUCUGCACCGCCAACAGGGAGAUGCAGCGGCUGCUGAACAUCUCCAACUCCCCCGUCUUCUCCGCGCUCAACGAGGUGCUGACGGGCCGCUGGACCAUCUGCACCUACGAGCGGCAGCAGGCCAUGAUGCAGGAGGUGCUGCGCAGCCUUGACCGUGUCUUCGGGAGUGGUUACAUGCAGUCCAUGGGCUCGCGUUGGCUGACGGUGCGGGUGGAGCUGCUGGGGAACGUUGCGGUGUGCAGCCUGGCGCUGCUGGGUGUGGUGUCCACGCAGGCCUCCUGGAUGCACAUCAACCUCGGCCUCCUGGCGCUGAGCGUGAGCAAGGCGUCGUCCAUCACGAGCGUGCUGUCGCGCUUCAUCACGGUGGGUGCGUCGGUGGAGGCGUCGAUGAACUGCGUGGAGCGGGUGCUGUACUACACGGACAGCGCGCCUGCGGAGGACCUUGGUGCGGGCGGUGCGGCGUGCGUGCCUGCGACUGCGUGCGGCUUCGCUGCCACGGAGUUCGGGUCGCUUGUGCUGGAGCACGUGGACAUGCGGUACCGGCCGGGGCUGCCGCUCGUGCUGCGCGACGUGAGCUUCGCGGUGCUGCCCGGGCAGAAGGUGGGCGUUGUGGGCCGCACGGGCAGCGGGAAGUCGACGCUGCUGCUUGCGCUGCUGCGGCUUGUGGAGGUGUGCGGCGGGUGCAUGCGCGUGUGCGGGCGCGACGCGCGCGACUACGGCGUGCGUGAGCUGCGCCAGCUGUUCUCGAUGAUCCCGCAGGACCCGCUGCUGUUCGACGGGACGGUGCGCAGCAACGUGGACCCGUUCGGCGCGUGCGGCGACGCGGCUGUGUGGGCUGCGCUGCGGCAGGUUGGGAUGGAGGAGCGGGUGCGGAGCGGCGGCGGCGGGCUUGACGCGCGCGUGCAGGAGGGCGGGUCGAACUUCAGCGUUGGGCAGCGCCAGCUGCUGUGCCUUGCGCGCGCGCUGCUGAAGCGUGGCAGCGCGUUCCUGCUGAUGGACGAGGCGACGGCGAACGUGGACCCCGCGCUGGACCGGCAGAUCCAGCUGACGGUGCAGCAGACGUUCCGCGACUACACGGUUGUGACGAUCGCGCACCGGCUGCACACGGUUGCUGCGUACGACGUGAUCCUCGUGAUGGACGGCGGCCGCGCGGUGGAGUUCGGCUCGCCGCGUGCGCUGGCUGGCGCGGGAAGGGUCUGUGUUUGCACGGCUGGUGUACUCACUGGGCAAGGGUGCUCAGCAGGCGUUCCGCAUGGCGUUGGAUGA